UAGAGAUAGAGAGAGACAGAGAGAGAGAUAGAUAGAGAGAGAGAGACAGAGAUAGAGAAAAAUAGAGAGAGCUCACCACUCCACUCUGGUUGACGACGCAGCUUAAAAGCAUGCUGAAGCAGAGUGUCAUGGACCUCCUUCGCCGGGAGCACAGAUUCCUGCUCGGACUUGGUGGCACGAGGAUGACCUGAAGGAACCUGCAAAAACACGCACCUUUCCCGCCAGAGAAGGGCUCGAGACCCCGGUGACAAUCUGUUCUGGAAAGACGUUAAAACAGAAGAAGGAAGCUAUAUGAGCCAGGCCAGAUGAAUCCAAUGGCCCAGUUGUAUUAUCAGAAAGUGAGCUACUCUCCGUACCGAGACAGAAUCCCACUGCAGAUUGUACGGGCUGAGGUGGAGCUCUCUGCUGAGGAGAGGGCCUACCUCACUGCCGUUGAGAAAGGGGACUAUGUGGGUGUGAAGCACGCGUUGCGUGAGGCGGAGGUAUACUAUAACAUGGAUGUAAACUGUCUGGACCCUCUGGGGCGGAGCGCGCUACUCAUCGCAAUCGAGAACGAGAACCUGGAGGUGAUGGAACUACUUCUGGACCACGGGGUUGCUACGGGAGACGCCCUUCUCUACGCCAUACGGAAAGAGGUGGUGGGGGCCGUGGAGUUGCUGCUGUCUCAUAGGAAACCGAGUGGAGAGAAACAGGUCCCAUCCCUGCUGAUGGACAGUCAGUUCUCAGAGUUUACUCCGGACAUAACUCCUGUUAUCCUGGCAGCUCACACUAACAACUAUGAGAUCAUUAAACUACUGGUCAAGAGGAAGGUGGCCAUCCCCAGACCCCACCAGAUACGAUGUGACUGUGUCGAGUGUUCCUCCAGCUCCGAGGUGGACAGCCUGCGUCACUCCAGGUCUCGUCUGAACAUCUAUAAGGCACUGGCCUCUCCCUCUCUCAUCUCUCUCUCCAGUGAAGACCCCAUCCUCACUGCCUUCAGACUGGGCUGGGAACUCAAAGAACUCAGCAAGGUGGAGAAUGAGUUCCGUCAGGAGUAUGAGGAACUGUCUCAGCAGUGUAAGCUGUUUGCCAAAGACCUGCUGGACCAGGCUAGGAGCAGCAGAGAGCUGGAGACCAUACUGAACCACAGAGAUGACAGUGAAGAACUGGACCCCAGAGAGACCAGCCAUGACUUGGCCAAACUCAAACUGGCCAUCAAAUACCAACACAAAGAGUUUGUAGCCCAGCCUAACUGCCAGCAGCUCCUAGCUACUCUGUGGUACGAUGGGUUUCCUGGCUGGAGGAGGAGACACUGGGUUGUCAAACUGGGGACCUGUUUCAUCAUAGGACUGCUGUUCCCUGUCUUCUCAAUGAUAUAUCUCCUAGCCCCUAAGUCUGCCCUAGGUGUGUUUGUGAAGAAACCCUUCAUCAAGUUUAUCUGUCACACAGCAUCGUACCUGAACUUCCUCUUCCUCCUCCUCCUUGCCUCACAACACAUUGCCAGGACUAACCUACAUAUGCAGGGCCCUCCUCCUACUGUGGUUGAAUGGAUGAUACUACCCUGGGUACUGGGUUUUAUCUGGGCUGAGAUUAAGGAGAUGUGGGAUGGAGGUUUUACAGAGUAUAUUCAUGACUGGUGGAACCUGAUGGAUUUUGCUAUGAACUCCCUCUACCUGGCUACUAUAUCACUGAAGAUAGUAGCUUAUGUUAAGUACAACUCCUCCCGUCCUAGAGAAGAGUGGGAGAUGUGGCACCCUACCCUGAUAGCAGAAGCGUUGUUUGCUAUAGCUAAUAUCUUAAGUUCUCUACGACUCAUCUCCCUGUUCACAGCCAACUCCCACCUGGGACCUCUACAGAUCUCACUGGGACGGAUGCUGCUGGACAUACUCAAGUUCCUCUUUAUAUACUGUCUGGUGUUGCUUGCGUUUGCCAACGGUCUGAAUCAGCUUUACUUCUACUACGAGACCAAGGCCUCAGAUGAACCCAACAACUGCAAGGGCAUCCGCUGUGAGAAACAGAAUAAUGCUUUCUCAACGUUAUUUGAGACCCUCCAGUCUCUGUUCUGGUCCAUCUUCGGCUUGUUAAACCUGUACGUGACCAACGUUAAAGCUCGUCAUGAGUUCACAGAGUUUGUUGGCGCCACCAUGUUUGGAACCUAUAACGUCAUCUCCCUGGUGGUUCUGCUCAACAUGUUGAUCGCCAUGAUGAACAACUCCUAUCAACUCAUCGCUGACCAUGCAGAUAUAGAGUGGAAGUUUGCCCGGACCAAGUUAUGGAUGAGUUAUUUUGACGAGGGGGGUACUCUGCCCCCUCCCUUCAACAUCGUUCCCAGUCCAAAGUCAGUGUGGUACCUCUGCCUGUGGGUUCACCAUAGACUCUGUAGGAGAGGAACGCCCCCUGCUGACGACACACACAAACACCACGACCUACGAGAGUUCCCAGAGCGUCAUGCAGACAGCCUGAUACAGAAUCAACACUAUCAGGAAGUGAUCCGUAGCCUGGUGAAGAGGUACGUGGCGGCCAUGAUACGCAGUUCCAAGACGGACGAGGGAUUGACCGAGGAGAACUUUAAGGAGUUGAAGCAGGACAUCUCCAGUUUCCGUUAUGAAGCUUUAGAUCUCCUUGGUAACCGCCGGCCUCCCAGACGCCACUACUCUUCCAGCAGCGAAGCCACACUGAGAGACAAGGGAGGAACCAGUGAUGAGGAGGGGCCUGACUCUAACCUUGACCCCGAUGAUCCUUCUCUGGGAUCGCAGGAGGUGGGCGGAGCCAAGAGGUCAAUGGGCGUGACCUUUCUGACCCCUACAGGAAGCACGGGGAAGAAGAAACCUAAAUAUGGCGUCUCCGCUUUGGUCCGGAGUAUUUCAGGAAUGGAGGUGGUUUCUGUAACGAAGAUGGAAGGAGAGGAGGAGGAGUACGAAGAGAAGGUGGAGGAGAGAUGGGGGGAGGAGGAAGAGGAGGAGGGUAAACCAAAGAGCAACGGGGUGAGGAGAGAAGCCGCUCCUUCCUCCUCUUCUAUCUUCCCUUCGUUCCCUUCCUCCUCAUCCUUCGCUCGCACGAAGAGUCGUCUCCAGCUGUUGUCGGCGGCGACGUCCAAUAAGACUCCAGACUCCUUUAAACGCCUCGGCUUCCUGUUCUCACGCAAAGCCCCGCUCCUUCCCCUCUCCGUCAGCCAAUCCCCUCUCUCCUUCACCAUCUCAGACGGCUUGCUCCACCCCCUGAGAGGUCGAGGGUCGUAUGACCUCAGUUUAGUUAGUCACUUGACCCGCAGCGAGACGCAGCUUAACCAGGUGGGGCAUACUAAGCCAGUCGGAGCCCCUCCUAAUUUCUCCAGACGAGCAAAUGAGAAGGACUCUCUCCUCCCAUUGCCCCUCCCACCUCCUUGCCCCUGCCAAUCCCUGCACUGUGCUUCCAAUAUGGCAGACUCUAACUUCCACCUUCUGGACUCCAGCGAGAGCAUCUUGGAGGGAGGAGGAGGGGGCAGUGUUGUGGGAGGUAGGGAAUCCGUCAUCGAGGAAUCCAGCGGCAUGGAGGACUCUGUUACUACGCAGCUAUAAGAAGACUGUAGUCAGUUGGUUACCUAUCGGGAACCAAACAAACAACCGCAAAGCCACAGGUGACGAGAGGACUGUAUACAGGGGGACUCUGAACCCCUAAACUAGGAGGUUAUUAUGGCCGUGUCCAGAAACAACCCCUAGUCCCUACUGAACCCCUAAACUAGGAGGUUAUUAUGGCCGUGUCCAGAAACAACCCCUAGUCCCUACUGAACCCCUAAACUAGGAGGUUAUUAUGGCCGUGUCCAGAAACAACCCCUAGUCCCUACUGAACCCCUAAACUAGGAGGUUAUUAUGGCCGUGUCCAGAAACAACCCCUAGUCCCUACUGAACCCCUAAACUAGGAGGUUAUUAUGGCCGUGUCCAGAAACAACCCCUAGUCCCUACUGAACCCCUAAACUAGGAGGUUAUUAUGGCCGUGUCCAGAAACAACCCCUAGUCCCUACUGAACCCCUAAACUAGGAGGUUAUUAUGGCCGUGUCCUGAAACAACCCCUAGUCCCUACUGAACCCCUAAACUAGGAGGUUAUUAUGGCCGUGUCCAGAAACAACCCCUAGUCCCUACUGAACCCCUAAACUAGGAGGUUAUUAUGGCCGUGUCCUGAAACAACCCCUAGUCCCUACUGAACCCCUAAAACUAGGAGGUUAUUAUGGCCGUGUCCAGAAACAACCCCUAGUCCCUACUGAACCCCUAAACUAGGAGGUUAUUAUGGCCGUGUCCAGAAACAACCCCUAGUCCCUACUGAACCCCUAAACUAGGAGGUUAUUAUGGCCGUGUCCAGAAACAACCCCUAGUCCCUACUGAACCCCUAAACUAGGAGGUUAUUAUGGCCGUGUCCAGAAACAACCCCUAGUCCCUACUGAACCCCUAAACUAGGAGGUUAUUAUGGCCGUGUCCAGAAACAACCCCUAGUCCCUACUGAACCCCUAAACUAGGAGGUUAUUAUGGCCGUGUCCAGAAACAACCCCUAGUCCCUACUGAACCCCUAAACUAGGAGGUUAUUAUGGACGUGUCCAGAAACAACCCCUAGUCCCUACUGAACCCAUCAGAACGUUUGGUAUCGAUCUAUUAAACCACAUUACGUUUACAGAACAUGAAUAAAUCAAUGGUCUGAACGCUAA